AUCACUCUCUCUUUCGAUUAUUGUGAUAUGAUUAAAAAGAUUUUCUUUGAUAUCACUAUUCUGUUUGAAAGUCGAAAGUUUCGGGUAUCAUUUCAUGCAAAGAGUUGAGUGAUAAACGUGUAAACUGCUUGGUAAUUAAUAAAAGAGAAAGUAAACAAAGAGAAACUGUCACUUGCUUAUACGCCCUAAUGAAAAAUCAACCGAGAAUUGUCAAUUGUUGAUCGAUCUAGAUCUAUUCGUACUAUUUGCUUUGGUCAACAAAAAAAAAACAAACAAAUCCGGAUAUAUUUCUAAGUAAUGGCUUCUUCGGCUGCACCGGUAAAUGCUGUAGACUUAUUACAGCAAGCACUGCAUUCCAACAUCAUUCCCAAUCAGGAGUUUUUACUGCAGGGAUCAAUUCUGGACUCAGCAGCAGAGCAUUUACUACACCGAUUGCGAGGACUCUGUGAUAAUGUCGAUACACCACCGGAAACAUUUACUGACUAUGAAAUGUGCCUUAGCCUAAAAGUUCCUAACGAGAAGGUACCGGUAAUGAUUCUACGUGUACGUAAAGCUCAGGACGUUGAUGCACCGUAUCAGUUACGCUACAUUGGUCAACCAGAACUUGGAGACCGUACUCGACCUACUUUGGUACGGAGCAGCCUGGAUAUCGCCUGCACUCCCCACGUGGUAGAUUUUCUUACCGAGAUGGGCUUCCGAGUUGAUUUCGAGUACAUUACCCGAGGCUAUAUGUUUCGCAAGGGUCGCAUGAAAGUCACCGUUUCAAAAAUUUUAAAAGUAAACAGCUCAGAACCGAUUUCACAGAGUUACUUGGUAGAGCUAUCCGUGCUAGCUCCCACCGGUCAGGAUGCAAUCGCCGAGGACAUGCGAAUUUUUGCCGAACAACUCAAACCGCUAGUUCAGUUGGAAAAGAUCGAUUACAAGCGGUUUGCCCAAAUACCCUAAACUUGUCCUUCAAUGAAUAAAAUUCUUCAACAUAAAAAAUAAAUUUAACGUUUUUAUGCACUAA